AUGACUCUCUGGCUCGCUGUGUCCCUGCCGCUGGUCAUGUGGGAUGCAGGCUACGUGUUGUUGCGACCGCAUAGUAUGCCCGGCGGCAGCUUGCAUUCGCCCAUCUGGACACCUUACGCGCUCUACAGCACCGUCGACUAUAUCUACGGUUGGCCCGCGCUAGAGGCGCACAAUGGUUUCACCGCCGCCCAGACAGUUUUGAACCUCGUCGAGACUGUCGCCUACGCCUAUUACCUGUGGAUUGUCUACCGACACGGCGCAACCGUCGCAAGUGGUCGCGGUGCGCCCAAGCAGCAGAAGGGGCUUGUGUGGCUCUUGACUGGUGAAAAGGUCGUUGCCGGCCAGACUGGCGCAAUCGCGUUGCUGAUCGCCUAUAGUGCGUCUGUUAUGACGCUUAGCAAGACUGUUUUGUACUGGUUAAAUGAGUAUUUCUCUGACUUCAGCAACAUCGGUCACAAUGAUGCUUUGUCGUUGGUUUUCUUGUGGAUCAUUCCCAAUGGCCUUUGGCUAGUAUUCCCGUCCUACAGCAUCUAUACUCUUGGUGCGGAAAUCCUGAGCUCUCUGGAGCAAGCUUCUCCCCGGGGACGCGGACGCCCCAAGGCCCAAUAG